AUGGAGCACAUAUUUGAAUCUUUUAAUGCAACUUGGAUUGCUUAUGCAAUAGCAGCAGUUGUGAUUAUUUGGUAGGUUUAUGAUUUCUUUAACCCUAAAAAACCUACUCCAAAUGCAUAACCUGAAAUCUACUAAAGAUUGGAAGAGAUUAAGCGUUAAAGAAGAGAAAGAAAUGAAAAAGGUGUUUUCAAUUAUAAAGACUUAACAAAAUAUAAUGGUUUUAAUAACCCCUAAUUGUACAUAGCAAUAAAAAACGAUGUUUUCGACGUUUCUAAUUCAACUGAUUUUUAAGAAGGUGGCCCUUACUAACCUUUAGUUGGUAAUGAAGUAUCUGUUAAUUUUGCAAAAUGUGUAGGAGACCCAGAAUAUUUCUUUAAAUAUGGAGAAGUAGAAUUAACCGAAGAAGAAACUAAGCAAUUAGAAGCAACAUAUGCUGCAUUUAAGGCUAAUUAUAAAAAAGUUGGAACACUUUAUAAAAAUUUACCCAUGUCUGAUAACGACAAAAAGCACAUAUGA